CCUUCUAUAUAUAUCUUCAAGAAUCGCUUAUUUUCUGUUGCAAUUCUCUCUCAAUAACCGCAUUCAGUUCAAAGAGAAAGAUCUAUUCUCCUACUUCAUUUUCAAGCUACAUUGAUCAUUUCUUAGUCAGCUGCAGUUCUUCUACUUCGUUUUGGUAUCUCUGUUGUGUUUUCUUUCAACCCAUUAUGGUGUUGCUGUGAAAACAGAGGUGGGGUUAUUGAAUUUUCUGUUUCUGGGCAUUUCUGGUUUCUGGGUGUAGUGUUGAUUGAUAUUCACGAACUUCUACUCUGUUUGUGUGUGUCAGUUGGAUUCUUUCUUGGGUUUUUUUGAUCGAGAUUGAAGUUUUAGUGUUGUUUGUUGGGAAUUCAGGGAAAUUGAAUUUGGGUUUUUCUGCUAGUGUUGAAAUAUUGUAGUUUUGGGGUACAUUUCGACAUUUUCGAUCAGCUAUUAGCUGUACAUUUUAUAGCUUUUUGAGUUUAAGAAGGAAAUGAAAGAUGGUUUCUUGGCUGGAUAGGACUGUAUCAGCUUGUUGCCAACCUUUAGGUCGAUAUGUCGGUUUGAGCAGCGGUGUUCUGGGAGGUGAAGAUUACCCACUGCUAUGGUAUAGAGACCUUGAGAAACAUUCAUGUGGGGAGUUCUCUUUUGCUGUGGUACAGGCUAAUCAAGUAUGUGAAGAUUAUGGCCAUGUUGAACCAGGUCGUGAAGGUACCUUUGUUGGGGUUUAUGAUGGCCAUGGUGGCCUUGAUGCUUCAAGAUUUGCCUGUGAUAACCUUAGCCGGCAUUUAAUAACGCUUGCUCGAGAAAAGGGAACAAUAGAUGAAGAAGUCCUUAAUAAUACCUUCGCUGCAACUGAAGACGGCUUCCUUUCUAUUGUGGAAAGGGAAUUUCAUGUUGAUCCAGCAAUUGCGUCAACGGGGUGCUGCUGUCUGGUUGGUGUUAUCUGGAAAAGGACAUUAUAUGUUGCUAACCUGGGGGACUGUAGAGCAGUAUUAGGUCAUACAGGAAGAUUCAAUAGGAUUUUUGCUGAGCAAUUGACUAAUGAUCAUAAUGCCAGGAUCAAGGAGGUCAGGGAUGAACUGAGAGCUCUGCACCCAGACGAUCCAAACAUUGUAUCUUGUGUCAGAAGAACAUGGCGUGUUAAAAGCAUUAUACAGGUAACUAGAGCAAUUGGAGAUGCAUUUCUGAAGAAGCCAGAAUUUGCUCUUGGUGCAAUUCCUCUUAGGCGGCCAGUACUAAGAGCUGAUCCAUCUGUCUCUUCAAGAAACUUACAACCAUGCGAUAGAUUUUUAUAUUUUGCUUCUGAUGGGCUGUGGGAUCUCUUAAGCAAUGAAGAGGCUGUACAAAUUGUGCAUACCUACCCUAGACAGGGCAUAGCUAGAAGACUUGUUCUAUCAGCCCUGAAUGUGGCUGCACGUGCAAGAAAGUUGAAGUACGGUGACCUCAUGAAUUAUGACAAAGGUGUCAGGAGGGCCUUUCAUGAUGAUAUAACAGUCGUGGUCAUCUUUAUAGAUCACGAGAUGCUGAAUGACUCAUUAACUGUGCCUGGAAUGUCAGUUCGAGGAUUUGUAGACACUCAUCGACCAUCAGAUUUCAAUAUUGAGCAAGAGGUUGCUACAGAGACCGAACCCACAGAGACUGAACCCACAGGGACUGAAGCCACAGAGACUGAAGCCACAGAGACCGAGCUCACAGAGACCGAACCCACAGAGACUGAACCCACAGAGAUUGAACCCACAGGGACUGAACCCACAGAGACUGAAGCCACAGAGACCGAAGCCACAGAGACCGAACCCACAGAGAUCGAACCCACAGAGACUGAACCCACAGGGACUGAACCCACAGAGACUGAAUCCACAGAGACCGAACCCACAGAGACCGAACCCACAGAGACUGAACUCUCAGAGACAGUAUAACAAGUUGUUGGCACUUGUUCUUUUCUAGGGAAGCCUGGAUGUGGGAAGUUUCUGUUCUCCCAUUUUUGCCUCGUUUUACCAAUUUACAUUUUGAUAUACAGUCCAGAUGAACAGCAAGACUAUUAGGUUACCCAUAUGCCACCACCAUCCAAAUGGUCAUGGGCAAAUUUUUGAAUGUACAAAGACAUGCUGAGGAAACUGCCUCCUAUUGUUGUUUACCACAAUAUCUGUCAAUGUAAGGCCAUAAAAGUUGGCAUUCUGAUCCAAAAAAAAAAUACAUUCUGUUUCAAGAUGCAUAAACAUGAACCCCACAUU